AUGGACUGGGACUUGCAUGAGGAUGCCAUCGGCCUGGACCGCUUCAAACCGUGGGACAGGCUCAAGGCCAAACCAAGGCAGCCAUCCUCCGAGGACUCCUCCGUGGAGGCGGCGCCCCUCGGGGCGCUUGCUGUGGACGAGCUCGAUCUCCGACAGAAGAAAGCCCCAGGACAUGUCCCAGCAGGCCGUCCUUCUGAGCGCGUGCACGAAGUGCAAGGCGGCGCCUCGCCACCUUCGGAUCGGACGCUUCGAAGCUUGGUCCGGGAAGCUUGUGUGUCCUUGCGGCGACCGGUGAGUGAGGCCGACAAGCUCGUGGCACGCCUGCACCGGGAGUGGUUGGAGACCCCGAAGCAGCUCCUGACCUUGGGAUCGGAGGGCUGGGCGCGCCUGGCCCUGCCCGUCGGCUUAGAGUCCGAGCUGCAGAAGCGCCUUGGCCUAAGCCAAGGUGCCUGGAUCGAGCGGUUCCCAGGGGACAAAGAUGCCUCGAAGUCGAAGCAAACACCCACGGCCAUAAAGGAACGCCCAGGCUCAGAUCUGCUUCUGGCGCUGCGUCGCCAUUGCGGCGAUGCUUGGGCUUCCCACCUGUUUUCCGCCUUGGGCCUCCAGCACCGGGAGACUGUGGAUGCCAACUGCCUCCAAUCGGCACUGCGAGUGCUUGGCGUGCCGAGCUUCAGCACUGCACAGGUCGCCUCGGCCGUUCGAAGGGCGGCGAAAGGGGCAGAAGCCCGUGGACCUCCCUCAGCAGAUGCCGUGGUCGCUGCAAUCCAUGGGCCGCUGCGGGGGCCGCGGGCGCAGGAGGUCUCGAACAUCUUCUUCGACCUCGGAGGAGACAUCCGUGGAACCCUCGCGGUCCAGGCGCUGCGCAGGCGCCUUGCCGCCAGGGAGCUGCCUGCAGUAAAGGCUGGACACGUUUCCGCUGAUGAGGCAUUUCGCGAAUUCCUGCGUCGCUGGGGCUCCAAGAAGGAUGUGGAUCAAGAGAGCUUCUCGUCGGCUCACGUGGUGCUUUCGGCCCUCUAUCGUGGAGACGAAGCCGGUUUUGGGCGCCUGCUCAGGAGGAUCUGGCGCCUUCCUCAGGCACCCGAGCAGGAGGUAGAGCCUGCAAAGCCAUCCAGGCCCUUGCCCGCCAGGCAAUUGCAGGUGCCGGAGGACCCCUUGCCAAGACACCAGCCAUCAUCACGAAGAAGCAUAGACCGCAUGGCAGCCAUCACAGAGUCCAUCAGGUGCUCAGAAGUGUCCACUUCGCUAUGCGCCGCUGGCUCAAGCCCUUUGCGGAGAGCAAAGGCAUCCGACAAUGCAGACCCGAUAGGGAACUCCGGGAUGGUGGCUGUCAGAGGCCGAAACAUCCUGCUUGGCUUCGUCCUCGUCCUCGGAGCCAAUGCAUUCAAGCUGCAAGCGCAUGGAAGUCCAGGCGCCAGCUCCGCUGGCAAGGCAACGAACAUCUCCUUGCUGUCCCAGCCGCAGUCAAACAGAACCGAGUCGCCAGCAAACGCCAGCAUCUCCAGUGGGGGUGAGGAGGCGAAGCGCCGCCAGAUUGUCGCUGAGGGUCGGACCGAGCCCGGGAACAAGGGCCAACAGCCCACAAACGGAACGCAGAACGCCACGAGCAAGGAAGGCGGAAGCUUCGGCUUCGACGUCUCCAAGAUGUCAGUGUCCGAGUUCUGGGAGCCGUACAUGUGGGUUGUGGCAGCCAUCGUCGCCGUCUUCGCCGUGAGCUUUGAACUGUGCCAUCGCCGGCUGGCGGAUGUGGACCUGACCGCAACGCCCGAUUGCGGAGCCGAGCAUCACGAGCACCAGAUGCUGCACUUAUUCAACGGGAUCUUGCCUCUUGUGAGGCCUUUCUACUUCGGCCACGAACGGCGGACAGCCUGGACCUACUUGGCAGCUAUCUCCGUGUUGGGUGUGAUUGACCUGAUACUGGGACUCGUCAUUAUGGUUUGGUCCAAAGAGUUCUGGGACACCAUCGAAAAGAAGAACAUCUCGCGCUUCUUCCCGCUGAUUCUGGAUCUCUGCCUCUUGGCUUUCUCCAAAAUUAUUCUUUCCACCUACGGCCAGUACAUCGGCUUGAUGCUUUCCAUUCGCUGGCGACGCUCCAUGACGCAAUGGUUGCUGACGCAGUGGUUGAAGGAUAAGUGCUUUUACGCGAUGCAGCUCGAUGGCAAAGGUGACGUUCCAGACAACCCGGAUCAGCGAAUCCAGGAGGACGUGCGCCUCUUCGUGGAGCAGACGAUGUCGCUGGGCACAGGCUUCGUUACCGCCGCCACGCAUCUCUUGUCUAGGUUGCCCAUGCUUCUCCUGCUUUCGCCAAGCUACGCGUUCGGAUGGUUCUACUGCCCGGGCUGGCUGCUUUACGUAACGCUUAUCUACUCUGGAGUGGGAGCAGUUGUGGCCCACUUUGUGGGGCAGAAGCUGAUCCUGAUCAACUUCGGCCUGCAGAAGUACGAGGCGGGCUUUCGCUACGACAUCGUGCAAAUCCGCGACAAUGCUGAGAGCAUUGCUCUCUACGGCUCGGAACCCUGCGAGGAGGAGCGAUUACAAGCAAAGUUCGCAUGGAUCGAACGAGUGUGGUGGAUGAUGAUGUGCUACACGAAGCGCCUGGGUUUCUUUGUGUCGUUUUACUACCAAACCUCCAGCAUCUUUCCCUACCUGGUCCUGGCUCCGAACUAUUUUCGGGGUCAAAUCACGCUGGGAACCAUGUUCAUGCUCUUCGACGUGCUUUGGGCCGUGAAGGCCGGAUUUGAUUGGUUCCUGGGGAGUUACUCCGAGCUGACAGGCUAUCGAGCCACUGUAGAUCGGCUUUCGAACUUCACCCAGGCUAUGGAGAGAAGAGAGAACGCCAAGUGCAAAGUCAAGCGGCUGCCGGCUGGAGACAAGGACGCUGCCGUUGUAAGUGGCCUCAACGUCCAGCUUCCGGCCAAAGUCGAUCAGCGCCAGUUGUGGAAGGAUGCCAAUCUGGAAGUAAAGCCAGGCCAGUUCGUGCUGCUGUCGGCACCAGAGGGAACUGGAAAGAGUUGCUUCUUCCGCGCGAUGGCAGGAAUUUGGCCUCAUGCAAGUGGAGAGGUGUAUCUGCCGGCGAAGACCCUCUUCCUGCCACAGAAGUCCUACAUUCCACAGGGCACGCUGAAGCAGGCUGUGGCCUACCCCUCUGGUGCCACCGAGUUCACCGAUGCAGAGGUGCAGGCCGUCCUGGAGGCCGUGCGGCUCACAACCUUGGAAGGUCGUCAGCUCCAUGACGAAGCCAACUGGGCAAUGCUGCUCUCGGGCGGUGAGCAGCAGCGAUUGGCCAUCGCUCGUGUCUUGCUACGGAAGCCGGAGGCCCUGUUCUUGGAUGAGGCGACGAGCGCCCUGGGCGCUGAGGGUGCUCUGGAGGUCUUCCAGCUGCUUCGGCAGCCGAAGAGCCUUCCCGCAGGUGCCGUCGUGGUGACGGUGAGCCAUGAUGUCGAGCUGUUGAAGCCCAUUCACGAUGAACACUACACCUAUGACACAGUGCCAGUGCCUUGCUGGACCGGAUUCGUGGUGCACUACGGUCCCGAGGGCCUGGAGCCGUGCAGCUGCUUUGCCAGAGGUUCCAAGUGGCGGAGCAAGGGCAGCGUGCCAUCCGAGCCAAGGAGCUGCGACAAGGACUCAGCCAGGUCGGGGUCGGGGCAAGCGAAGAAGACGUUGUCGAGCUGCUCCGCAGCAUGGACGUCGAUGGCCACGGGACGGUUGACCUGGAUGACUGGCUGCGUGUUCUUCGGGGACCACUCAGCCCAGCUCGAGCUGGUGUGGUGCGCGAGGAUGGAGCCCCCUCUUGCCCACCAAUUCUCUCUGCCAGAAACCGGUGUGUUGACAGCAAGCGAAGGCAAGGAGGAAACCACCAAGGGCUUCAAGCUCGUUGUCGAAGCGAAGAAGUUCGAUGAUGGCUCUGGUUCAGAUUCUGAAAGUAGCAGUGGAGCCAGUGCCAAAUCCGGCAGUAGCUUGUUGUCAAGGAGAUCCCAGUCCAGCAUGUAUAAGUCCGGGCUGAGCAUCUCCGCGAAAGACAAAGUGGGAGAUACUCGCAGCUAUCGUGAGUUGCUGGAAAGCAAGGGUUACAAGAUCAGAGGUGUCAUCGGUCGCGGCCAGAACAGCGGCUUUUUGGUUCAUUCCGCCAUUCGGGAAGACCAGGAAUAUGCAGUCAAGGUUUCCAUUGAGACGGGCCAGGAAGGCACGAAUGGGGAUGCCAUCCGCAAGGAAUUCCAAAUUUUGAAGCGACUUCAGCACGAGAGAAUUGUCAAGGCAUAUGCUCUCGAAGAUGAACUCGACGAAGGUGUCAAGGGAGUUGCCAUGAUCCUGGAGCUAUGUCACGGUAGCACACUGAAUCGGUGGCUGCCCUGGCACGACAAGAGUACCACGGCUCUGGAUGUGGCCUGCCGACGGCAGUGUUUGACACAGAUUGCCUCUGCAAUUGCUUACCUGCAUUCAGUUGGGAUCGCCCACCGUGACCUCCAUUCGAAGAAUGUGGUCAUGCACGUCAGUCAGAUCAACGGUAGAUACGAAAGCGAGUCAGUGCAAGUGAAGGUCAUCGACUUAGGCUGCGCCCGAGCAAUUGAUAGCGAGGAGGCCAUGGAAGCUGACAUUAAUGUCAACAUCCUUCCCGUCGGAGCGACGCGGCCUUGCGACGUCUUCGCUCUGGGCCUCCUCGGUGCAUCUCUGGUUGCCGGCAAGGAAGUGUCAAGUUGGACGGUAGUUCCGACCGGAUCUCCGUCAGAGGAAUCAGCUCGCAAGCUUCGUCUGCCACCAUCUGGACGGAAGGUUGUGUACAGGAUACCCAAGGAGUCUGAGCAUGUGUCGGACUUUCAGCGGCUGCUGAACCUGUGCGCAUCUCGGGGUCCUCCCGGCUCUGAUGUUUUCCACGGGUCGGCCAGCCCAGCUUUUGCCAGCCUCUGCGACCGGGAGGGCUUGGUGGACUUGCGCGCCCUGCGCGCUCGCUUCAAUGCCUCAAAGCAUCCGGACGUCCAGGCAGGACUCAGGAGCCAGAAGGAGGUGACUAUGGAGCUCCUGUCCGAACUUGGCAGCCACGGUGGGCCACGGAUCUCUCUGGGGGACUUCGCCAGGCAUUACGAGACCAUCUCGGCCGGGAUUCAGGAUGACCAGUACUUCGGACACAUUGUUCGCGGUGUUUGGGGUUUGCCACAGAGUGCCGCCAACGACAUGGCGGCGAAUGCGCACCGUUGUUAUGAAGGUCACAUCAUCACAACCGAGGGAGGUUUAUGUGGGCCAUAUGCGCCUGGGGUCUGCUGA